AUGUUGCUUACACUCGUUUAUCUUGCAAUGACCAUUCGUACAUCGCUCAAGUUUAGGUGUAUAAGAAAUAAUCUCCGAAAACUACUAAUCGAUCGCUACGCCAUUAGCUUUUACACUACUUCUAAUGGUGAUUCGACUGCUGGGCUCGAUUCUCCGGAUGCUGCUCUUUCAGCCCACGUGUCCUCCUGCAUCUGGUUUCUUCCCAAUCAACGUGGUUGCCUCGUAUAUCCAGUUCAACGGACAGCAUUAACGCACUGGACCACCGUGCCGCAACAGCUACAAACGCUUCAGCUCGCUUGUGAUAAUCUAGGGUGUUCCAUUGUACGACCGGCUAGCGAUUCAAUUCACGUGAUAGUUACGCUAGAAUCAUUACGUGAUCUAGUAGAAUCGCAUCCGUCUGAACAAACUGAGCACUCUGUUAUGUUGAAUCGAUUUGGUAGGUUCUUAGCCUGGAAUCGCACAGAUCGUGGAUUGCAAGUGCUUCUCGACACCGACACCGAACGAUUGUUUCAACUCAUCGUAGCAACCUUUGGCAGCGGACAGUUCCAUUUGGAUUCUGGACGAUUGAAAUUGGUGCAGCUGGAAAGUGUAGAAACGUUUGGUGAACCCAUGCCAUUCAAAGAGCCGAACAAAUGGACGUCGCAAAGUCGUUACAAUAGUCUGCCGACGGAUGCGUGGCUUUCCACUUUGAUGGAUAUUGAGAAAGAAACUUUGCCUGCAACUCAAGCUGCAAUUGGAAUUCAACCGGACAUUAUUUCAUCAAAUGACAUAAGGCUUUCUUUGGAAAAGAUUGAUGAAACCGCUUUACCUAGUCAAUGUAGGCCUAGCUUGCUUUCGAGCGGAAGCAAUUCACGCAAUCGAUCCCAGUUGGAUCUAACCGAUGGGCUAACGUCGGGAACUGAUCACGGUGCCAUGACACCCCUCGAGGACUCUAUGGCAUCGUCUAUCGUUGCUGAUGAAAAGACAAAAGAGACUGAGAAAGCCACCGAGACGGAUACAAUGCCUACAAUUAACGAUAAGGAAAUGAAGCAACCAGUGGCACCAAUGGUGGAGGUUGCAGAGGCCAAAGCAAAAACACCAAUUACGGUACCACCGGAGGAACAAACAAAUACUCUCAAUGGAACGGUUAUGCGGACCGAGGAUACGAUAGAUGUUAAGCCAAUUAAACCAGCAGAUCAGGAAAAAGCGACCAGUUUGAAGAAUGAAAAGACCACGCCGCAUGAGUCGAAAGGAACGCGAUCUUUGCGGAAAAGCUCUUUCCCAUCGAGCCGUUUGAGGCUAGGCAUUGACCAGACAGGCGUUGUAACGAAACCACCAAAUAUACUAGUUUACUCAGACAGUACUUCGACGAUGGAGUACGUAAUCGCGACUCUGAACAAUCUGUUGGAACCCAACACGUGCACGAUCUAUCCGAUCACAACGGCUCAGGCGCUGGCACGCAGCUGGCAACAAAGCACGGUGCUUAUUAUAGUUGCCGGAUCGCUCGACAUCAAUGUUCGAAAGAUUCUGCUCGAUUAUUUCCUGCAUGGGGGAGUUGUAUUCAGUUUGUGCUCUGAUUUGCUCGACAUUAUAUUACCCGAUUCUAAAACCGCCGAGAUCCGUGAAAGAGAGUUGGUUAGCUUUUCGUACCGUAAAUGGAAGCAGAUAAAGAUGUUGCACCACAUAUUUUGCUACCAGCUAUCUCCGGCCAAGAAACAGUUUUCGCUGGAAUCGGAAGAAACCGCCACCCUGUUACCAGUUUCCUACGUGGAUGUUACCGAUCUUUCGGGAAAACAACACUCGCUUACUGUGGAGAUAUUGGCGCAAGAGGAAACGUGGAAUACGCCCAGCAUACUUGAGGCGCACAAUCGAAAAACUGGAGGAAAAGCUAUAUUUUCACAAAUCCAUCUGGAGUUGGACCCCUCCCAAUUCCAAAGCAACAUCGAUGCCGCAGACAAAUCGCUACAAAAUUCAAAUCAAUUGCGCUACGAAAUACUGAGCGACUUGCUUGGUGGACGAGUUGGAUUAAAGCUGCGAGAUAAAGGCGCCGGAUGUGAUGAUGCAAUUACCUACAAAAAUGCCUAUUUCCUGGGAAAGCAUGAGGCAAAGGUUGAGAUGCUAGAAACGUUGAAAGACACCAUGAGCCGGCCGAAUGUAAUCCAAACAAGCCAACUUACGUUACAAUUUUGUGGUAAAAGCGACAAAACUCCCAACAACGCCAACGAAACGCAUCUCCCGGUGAUGAUUGUACACUGUCCGGAAGAUUUUUCGACCGUACAGUAUUUUGAGAAUCUGACAACACGCCAAAUAGGACGCAUAGGCAUUUAUGCACCAAUUAUGGCUAGCUCUAUGCAAGUCGUUUCCAACCUGACGCUGACCCAUGGAUUUAUGGUUAUUUCACGCCACCAAACUAAGGGAAAAGGACGCAACAACAAUCAGUGGUUAAGUCCUCCCGGUUGCGCCAUGUUUUCGCUGCAGUUGCACAUCCCCAUGAGCAGCUCGCUCGGACAACGGUUGCCGAUAGUACAACACCUAGUAGCAGUUGCCGUUGUUUCCGCCGUUCUUUCAUUGCCAGGAUAUGAGAAAUUACCUUUAGGUCUGAAGUGGCCAAACGAUAUUUAUGCAUAUGGUGCAACUAAGCUCGGAGGGAGCAUUUUCAAUACGCAAAUCGACGCAAGUACAGCAGUCGUUAAUAUAGGCGUUGGAUUAAACUUGAGCAAUAGCAAGCCAACGCUAUGCCUGAAUGAUGUGAUUGCACAGUACAACGCAAAGCAUACCACCGUCCUACCAUUGCUUUCUUACGAGAAAACAUUUGCUUUAAUCUUCAACAAACUGGAAGAGUUGUACGAUAGCGUGCAGAAUGAGGGUGUUGAAAAACUGCAGAACGAAUACUACCGGCAUUGGCUGCAUCAGGAUGCGGAAAUCAGCAUGAUAGGACCAGAGGGUGAGUCGUUGCAAGGCACCAUCGUAGGAAUAGAUGAGUACGGGUUUCUGUUGGUAAAGAAACAACCAUCUGGAGACACAGUGUCUGUACACCCGGAUGGAAACAGCUUCGACAUGAUGGAGGGAUUGAUAAUUCCAAAAUUUAAUUAA